AUGGAGGACGAGAUGGAAACCAGAAUUCUGCUCGUUUCGAAGAUUCAUGAAAGUUGCCGACACAGUCCCUCCCAUAGGGCACUGAAACGAGCAGGGUUCUGGAACAGCAUCCUGGAUGGAAAGAAGACGGCUCGUGUGCGGCUUGGUGCCGGUGGCGCAAAGUUCUUCAACGACCCCAGGCAGAACGAGCGAAACAAUCUGACCCAGGCACUCAACCGCGACGAGGGCCGGUGCGUUGUCACGGGAACCUCGGACCCCGAUGUUUGCCACAUCUUCCCGUUCGCUGACAGCGAGAGCGACCAAUACAGACAUCAUCUGGUUGGCCUAUUUCACAUGGAGGCGUUUUGGGGCGAGGCUCGCUGCAGGAGACUGAACAAAAGUCUCAGCAGCGGCAGGCUCCCCAACAUGAUAGAUACAGCAGCGAACAUGAUUUGCUUGGAUCGUCAGGUUCAUAUUAGCUGGGCGCAGGGCUUGCUGGCCUUUGAACCCCUCGAGACACCAGCAACGUGUGGGCCCUGUAUUCGCCUUAGGGUUCACUGGCUGGAGAGAACACGAAUUCCGUCCAUGGAGAGCAGAGUUCCUUUCUCGACGGAUCCGCGCACCGUUCUGGUCCCGGAAGACAUGCGAAUCACGAGAUCACGACCAGUCACAGAUGGACAAGUAAUCACCAUAUUUGCUGAAAGAAAGGACCAGCUUCCCAAUAGAGACGUUCUUGAGCUGCAGUGGGCAUUCCUCAGGAUGCACGCCUUAUCAGGAGCACCAGAUGCUGGAAUAUACCCCUGGCAUCCUGAGGAGGCUGACGGCUUCUGGGACACCGAUGAUGAUUAA